CCAAUCAACAAGGACACCCCUUGUUCUAUAUUUCUGUGCUGGCCUGGCUUGCUGCGCUGUAGAUUCUUUGUACCUACUACUACUACUUUACUUAGUUACUAUACCAACCUCACCCUACCCCCUUCAUACCCACACAUACCCCACAUACCCACACACACACACACCUCCUCAUACCUACAUACCCUAUACCCCGUUUGAGAUUGUUGUUACUUGUAUUUGUAUAUAUCCAUCUACAUCUAAAAUCUAUCUAUACAAAUCAUUGUGGAGUUUGAUAUAGUUCUGACUCAGUUCUCUUGUUGACGUUUGACGUUUUUUUCUCUUCUUCUUCUUCUUCUUCUUCUUCUUAUGUUUUAUGCUGUUCCCGGUAGCCACUGUUGUUAUUAUUAUUAUUGUUUUCAAAAGAAAAGAGAAAGAGAAAGAGGGUAAGAAAGAAGGAAUAGAAAAAAGGAAGUUGUUGUUGUUGUUGUUAUUGUUGUUUGUUUUUUUGUUCGUUUGUUGUUUUGUUGUCUUAGUUCUAGGUCUAGGUCUAGGUCUAGGUCUAGUUGUAGUGUAGUGUAGUUCUUGUUUAAAGUUCUGGUUUAAGUCGUAGCUUGGUGUAGUUUUUAGUUUAGGUAAGAGCCUUUCUUUCUUUUUUUCUUUUCUUAGUAAUGGCG